AUGGCGUCGGCGGAUGUUGAGCGUGCCAAGCUGGAACAUAACAUACGUAAUUUAAAAUUAUCUGGUCAUGUUGGAUUCGACAGUCUUCCAGAUCAGUUGGUUAAUAAGUCUGUACAAAAUGGAUUUCUCUUUAAUAUCCUCUGCAUUGGUGAAACUGGUCUUGGAAAAUCCACACUCAUGGAUUCUCUGUUUAAUACGAGUUUUGAGUCCACUCCAAGUCCUCAUAAUCUCCCAUCCGUGAAGCUCAAAGCACAUACGUAUGAAUUACAAGAGAGCAAUGUUAGACUGAAAUUGACUAUUGUUGAUACUGUUGGAUAUGGGGAUCAAAUUAAUAAGGAAGAUAGUUUUAAGGCAGUUGUUGAUUAUAUAGAUGCUCAAUUUGAGGCUUAUUUACAAGAAGAACUGAAAAUAAAGCGUUCUCUGGCAACCUACCAUGAUAGUCGUAUUCAUGUUUGCUUGUAUUUCAUCUGCCCCACUGGUCAUGGAUUGAAGUCUAUUGAUCUUGUGUGUAUGAAGAAACUUGACACAAAAGUGAACAUCAUUCCAAUCAUUGCUAAGGCUGAUACAAUAUCAAAGACAGAAUUACAAAAGUUUAAGAGCAAAAUUAUAUCUGAGUUACAAAAUAAUGGAGUCCAUAUCUAUCAGUUUCCCACUGAUGAUGAAAGUGUUGCAGAAGUUAAUACUAGUAUGAAUGCCCAUGUACCUUUUGCAGUAGUUGGUAGUACUGAUUUUGUUCGAGUUGGAAAUAAAAUGAUGCGUUCCAGACAAUAUCCAUGGGGCACAGUGCAAGUGGAAAAUGAAUCCCAUUGCGAUUUUGUAAAAUUACGCGAAAUGUUAAUACGAACAAAUAUGGAAGAUAUGAGAGAGAAAACUCAUUGCCGUCAUUAUGAACUUUACCGCAAGAAAAGAUUGGAGCAGAUGGGCUUUAGCGAUGUAGAUAGUGAGAAUAAACCAGUCAGUUUCCAACAGACGUGCGAGGCAAAGAGAUCUAUUCUCUUGCAAGAGCUUCAGCAGAAGGAGGAUGAAAUGAGACAGAUGUUCGUGGUGAGAGUAAAAGAAGCAGAAGCUGGAUUGAAGGAAGGAGAGAAAGAGCUGCACAAUAAAUUCGAUAAACUAAAGAAAGAUCAUACAGAGGAAAAGAAAAAGGUGGAAGAAAGCAGGAAGAAACUCGAGGACGACAUUUUAGAAUUAAACAGACGAAAAAUGCAGUUCUCUCAGCAACCUCAGCAUCACACGCUAACUCUCGGGAAAAGCAAGAAGAAGUAAAAUAAAUACGACACCACAUACAUUCUAACUCCACAAUGUAACGAGUAUUAUUAUUUUAAUUAUUUGAUAAUUGACUACUAAAAUUAAAUAUUAAAUUAUCCAAA